AUGCCUCCAAUUCCAUCUUCACUUCAUGUACUCCACCCGCGCCUGAGCCAUUACUUAAAACCUAAUUUCGUUUCUCUCUCCUACUUCUCUAUUUCACCCCGCAAAUUUCCUCUUUCUAGGCAAUUGAUUCCGAUAAACCCUAGAACUCUCUUUUCUGUAGCAUCUGCGCUGUCUCCAACAGAAAAUGGCAGCGGCGGCGGCGGAGGCAGGUCGGGCGCGCUGGCUGGUCCGCCGGUACUCGAAAAUGUCAUGCAGAAAAUUGACGUGAAUCCUCCUAAAGGUACCAGAGAUUUCCCUCCUGAAGAAAUGCGCCUCCGCAACUGGCUCUUUCACAAUUUCAGAGAGGUGUCGCAGUUGUUUGGAUUCGAGGAGGUUGAUUAUCCGGUUUUAGAAUCAGAGGCACUGUUUAUUAGGAAAGCUGGAGAGGAAAUCAGGGACCAGUUAUAUUGUUUUGAUGAUCGUGGAAAUCGCCGUGUUGCACUGAGGCCUGAGCUUACUCCCUCUUUGGCAAGGCUUGUAAUACAGAAAGGAAAAUCGCUAUCCCUCCCAUUGAAAUGGUUUGCCAUUGGACAAUGCUGGCGAUACGAGAGAAUGACUAGGGGACGGCGUCGUGAGCACUAUCAAUGGAAUAUGGAUAUAAUUGGCGUCCCUGAAGUCACUGCUGAAGCAGAGCUCAUUUCCUCCAUUGUUACAUUUUUUAAGCGAAUCGGAAUCUCAGCAUCAGAUGUGGGAUUCAAGGUUAAUAGUCGCAAGGUUUUGCAGGAAAUAUUAAGGUCUUACUCCAUAUCGGAAAACUUGUUUGCUAAGGUCUGCGUUAUCAUAGACAAGAUUGAGAAGAUUCCAGUUGAUGAAAUUAAGAAAGAAUUGAAGUCUGUUGGGAUGUCACAAGAGGCUGUUGACGAGCUGCUUGAAGUCCUUUCCAUAAAGUCAUUGUCAAAGUUGGAAGGUAGAAUUCAACAUGUUGCUGGAAGAUUACUCGUUUUUAGUUAUUUUUAUGCCAAACAUUCUCAGGGUAUCCUCUGGCAUAUGGUAACUGUUGAAUGCUUAACUAGGGCAACUGAGAUCCUUGGAGGUUCUGGGGAAGCAGUUGCAGAUCUUAAACAGCUGUUCUCACUUGCUGAAAAGUUUGGUUAUUCUGAGUGGAUUCAGUUUGAUGCAUCAGUUGUCCGUGGCCUUGCCUACUACACUGGCAUUGUGUUCGAGGGUUUUGAUAGAGCAGGAAAGUUGAGAGCCAUAUGUGGUGGUGGGCGAUAUGAUCGGUUACUCUCUACUUUUGGUGGUGAUGACCUUCCAGCUUGUGGCUUUGGCUUUGGGGAUGCUGUCAUAAUUGAACUACUCAAAGAUAAGGGUAUCCUACCAGAAUUGAGCCCCCAAGUCGAGAACAUUGUGUGCGCUCUUGAUCAUGAUCUCCAAGGAGCAGCUGCUACAGUUGCUAUCAUACUCAGGGAGAAAGGCCAAACCGUUGAUUUAGUCUUAGAAAGCAAACCUCUUAAAUGGGUUUUCAAGCGGGCAGUACGUAUAAAUGCACAAAGGCUUAUAUUGGUGGGGAAUACAGAAUGGAAAAAGGGUAUGGUUAGUGUAAAAAUCCUCGCUUCUGGGGAACAAUCUGAGAUUAAACUCGAUGAGCUAGAGUGA